CUUCUGCUUGAGUAACUUCACUAAUCCAAAUUUCCAAUAUUCCCAAAUUUACCAACACCCACGCACAUCUCCUCUCCGCACUCAACAGCCGCGAACCCUCCAAAACCUCGGCUUCGUUCCAAUCAUGGAUGGACGUGAUACAGAGGACCCGAAACAAAGCACUGCUGAUAUGACAGCUUUUGUGCAAAAUCUUCUCCAGCAGAUGCAAACCAGGUUCCAGACAAUGUCUGAUUCCAUCGUCACAAAGAUUGAUGAGAUGGGCAAUAGGAUUGAGGAGUUGGAGCAGAGCAUCAAUGAUCUCAGAUCUGAAAUGGGAGUGGAUCGCUCGCCAUCUCCUUCAACCCCUUCAAAGCCCAAGGUAGAAACCAAGUCGGGCGAUGAUUCAGCCAAUGAGUAGCUUUGGCAUGGGACCUCAGUGUUCUGUAAAUCUCGAUAGUAUCUGUUGAGUGCCUGAUUCCGAGUAUUUGUCGUGCUUUUCUAUUUUGAAAUACGCUACAUACUGUAUCUCGAAGCAGAUUAGUGUUGAUGGCUUUGUACACAAACCAAGUUUGGUUCUCAUUUUCCGGGAAAAAAUUUAGGGUAUAUCAGUACUA